AUUGUUCUAGCUCAAAUGCACAGCGUACUAGCAGGCGUACAAGACACCAAUUACAUCUCACGCAUGUCGCAUCCAGGCAAGCUACAUUGUGCCUGAAGAGUUGGAGCCUUGAUCAAGUUACAGAGUAUGCUUCGUGUAGAGGUUGCGUCGAGCUAGAAGAGACAGUUGCAAGCUCUCCCUGUAGCCAGCAACAUGGUGAAGAAGCGCGGUAUAGUGUGGAACUAUUACACCAAGAAGGUGGACGGCUCGCAGGUGAUCGUCUUCUGCAAGUUCUGCGAUCAGUCGUACAUCCAGAAUGCCACUCGCAUGGAACGGCACAUGGAGCGCUGCCCGAAGUGUCCAGAGGACGUCAGGCAGCAGUUCAUCCAGGCGGCGCACAGCAAAAAGCACAAGGUCAGCAUCCUUGACUGGCCGAAGCAGGAGUCAUCCGUGGACCGCGGUAUCGCCGAAGCGGAGUUGGAGGAUCUCGAUGACUGGAGCUACCGAGGUCAAUCCUACUCGGACGAAGCGCCCUCCGCAAUUCAGCAGAGCGUGAACCUCGCGGUCGAGAACAGCGGUACCGAUGGAAAUCCGGUGAACAGGAACUGGGGUGCGAGUGGAGAUGCCGCGGAGCCUGCGACCGCCGGGUCGCAGGAACGCGCGAGUUCGGCCCGCCAGAGGAAGUCGCACACGCCAAGGAGAAUCGCGCAGUGGCCGUUCCUGUCUGUGCGCGGUGCCGGUUACAUCUCGCCGCUGCAGAGUAAGAUAUUCCAAGAGCAAUUACUGGAGAGACGUGCCUUGCGAAAAGCGGCCGAGCUCGAGCUGCGCCGCAAAACGCUGGAACUGGAGCGGCUCCAGUGGCAGUACGAGAGGGACAAGGCGCAAGGCGAGGUCCGAUGGGCGCACGAAACGCGUAUGAUGCAGCUGCGGGAGGAGCGCGAGAGGCAGUUGUGCAGAAUCGAGCAAAGUAGAACGUGAACGGCGCCGCGUGUGAUAUAAUUCAAGCUGCAAGUUGCAACUUAUUCAUUAAUUCACUUGAUUCGCAGAGAAAUCGCGGGAGAAGAGGAUGUUUUAUAUGUAUAUAGAAAUAAUUUAUACUUUUAGUAAGAAGUAUUGACAUAUAUAUUAUUAAUAUAUAAAUAAGAAAUGAAAUACUUUCUUACGCAUUACGUGUACAGCAUUACAUUUUUAAAAUACUCUGUGUACAAAUUUCAAAAA